AUGGCUUCCAAUAUCGCGUCGGCGUCGAGUAGUGUCACACCUGAGAGGCACUUUGAGAAGAAGCGGAAAGUUCUGAGGGCAUGUGAUAGAUGUCGGAGGAAGAAGAUCCGUUGCGAUGGACCAAUGAAUAGCCUGGUGGCCAGCAAAUGUGCAAAUUGCGAGGAGAACGGAUUCGACUGCACUUAUGUGGAAAGCGCUAAGCGUCGUGGCCCACCAAAAGGCUACAUGGAAGCCAUCGAGCAGAGAGCGGGGCGUCUUGAGGCCAUCCUGCGACAAAUCCAGCCCGAUGUGAAUUGGGACUACACGGUUGGUCCGCGGCCUGAUCGCGAGGAAUUCGACCUUGCGGACCAUCAAGAAUCUCUACGUCGACUACAGAUACCGCCUUGGCCUGCGACUAAGCCGAUCAAGCUUCCUACGAACGUCAGUGGGGUCCCUUCACCUCCUUCUCGUGUUCUCGGUCCUUCGCCUUGGCAGUCGUACGAGCGAGAUCCCAGAAGGCCACCAUCCACACCUCCCGACGACUUGGAAGCAGCCAGAAUACAUAUCGCCAUGUCGCAAGCGAUGAACAAACUUGAUCUCCGGGAAACCCCUUGGCGCUUCCAUGGCAAGGCUUCCGUCUCUCACCUUAUCGUGCAGGUCAACGAAAUGCGUUUCAGUGUGACUGGUCGGAAUGGGAUCGAUGGUAUCAAACAGCUCAAACGAGACGAGUACUGGAUGAUCCCCGAAUGGGAGCUCGUCGUUGCUCAAGACACAGUCAGAAGUCUUGACGAGUCCAUUUGGCCGUCGGCCUUACUGGCCCGCGAGCUCAUAGACGCCUACUUUGCUCACGUCAAUUUCCACCUCCCUCUUCUCAGCAAACCAGUCUUUGAGAGACAAUAUCACUCGGGACUGUGGAGAUCCAAUCACGGCUUUGCGAAAGUGUGCUUGAUGGUCUUUGCCAAUGGCGCCAGAUUUGUCGACAACCCAGAAGUCUAUUGGCCGCGGGAUGAAGCGCUGUCUGAGGAGGGAAGAGAUCGUCUCCGCUUUGACAGAGACGGAACUUUACGAUACUCGGCCGGCUGGAAAUACUUGCGAACCAUGUUCAGCAUGGGACACAGCAUUUUGCAAGGGCCGACAUUGUUCGAUUUCCAAUGUCAAGUCCUCACCUGUUGUUUCCUGCUCGGCAGCGCUGUGCCCCAUCUCACCUAUCUCGUCUCCGGAUUCGGUCUCAGAGCCGCUCAAGAGAUUGGAAUUCAUGUGCGAUCGACCCUCUUGCAUGCGGACCCGGUCGAACGGAUCCUGUUCAAUCGAGCGUUCUGGUGUCUUUAUCACAUCGACAGGUUGAACUGCGCGGCAAUUGGCCGAUCUGUGGCUAUACAGGAUACAGAUUUCGACGCCGACUACCCCAUUGCCGUUGACGAUGAGUAUUGGUCCGGAGACUUUGUGCAGCCAGCACAUGCGGGUGUGCCCAAAGUUGCCGCUUUCGUUCAUACGCUCAAGCUGGACCACAUUAUAGGAGCCGCUCUACGAACGAUUUACGCCAUCAACAAGCUUCCUGAACACGGAGCCGAUAGCGCAGCUCAGAGAUCGACUGUGGUCGAAUUGGACUCGGCCCUGAACGCAUGGGCAGACGCGGUGCCAGACGGAUUGCGAUGGGACCCGACCAGAGCCGAUCACGGCUUGUUCGAACAAAGCGCAGUGCUGUAUGUUCACUACUACUUUUGCCAGAUUCUCGUUCAUCGUCCAUUCAUCCCUUCACCGAAAAAGGCCGAAUCCGUCGGAUUACCUGCUCUGGCCAUUUGCUCGAACGCAGCACGUUCUAUAUGCAGCAUUGUCGAUACCGUCAUGCGACGGGGUCGCGGAUCCGGUCUUCUGCCAGGCAGAAUUCUCACCGUUCACUUUAUGCUCCCCGUAUGGAUCGCUUCACUCGUUCUGCUCAUCAGUGUCUAUACCGGGCGUCAACAACCAAGCGAGCGAGAAAGAACCGUUGGGGACAUUCAAAAAUGCCUCGCCGCAAUGAAGGAGCUUGAAGUGACUUGGAGACAGGCGGGGAAAUUGACGGACGUUCUUGCAGAAUUUGCAGAGGGACUCGAGAGCCUGAAGAGUUCUGAGCAGUCCUCACACGGCGAGAAAAGAGCAUUGACGCCCGAAUUAGACCUCAAUAUACUCGAGCAGCUGCAGAAUGGGGAGCUAGAUGAGCUAUGGGAGCAGCUGUUUCCGCAAGGAUUCUCGUGA